AUGAGCUGGAGUAGAGGUCACGAACUUGGCCACGGCGCCACCGCCACCGUCUAUCUAGCAACCGACCACCGCUCUGGCGAGCGGUUCGCUGUCAAGUCAGCAGGGGUUUCCCAAUCGGAGUUCCUACAACGAGAACAGAGGAUUCUGUCCUCGCUCAGCUCUCCUUAUGUAAUUGGAUACAGGGGAUGGGAAAUUACCAAGGAGGAGGGCAGAAUUGUGUACAAUUUGAAGCUCGAGUACAUGCCCGGCGGCACCAUCGUCGAUGAGAUUCGCCGUGGCGGAGGCCGGAUUGAAGAAUCCACGAUCGGGUUCUACACGUGGCAGGUCGUGAAGGCGCUUGAGUAUCUGCAUUCCAACGGAUUGGCGCAUUGCGAUGUUAAAGGUCGGAACAUUUUGGUUGGGCCCGAUGGGUCGGAUGUCAAGCUGGCGGAUUUCGGGUGCGCCAAGCGGGUCGAAUCGUCGUCGUCUCCGGGUUCAAUUGGCGGGACGCCGAUGUUUAUGGCGCCGGAAACGGCCCGCGGGGAGGAACAGGGGUUCGCCGGCGACGUUUGGGGAUUGGGGUGCGCGGUCAUCGAAAUGGCGACCGGCGGCGGGUCGCCGUGGCCGGAGAGUCAUCACGACGACGACCCGGUUUCGGCAAUUUUCCGGGUGGGUUACUCUGGUCGGGUCCCGGAUUUCCCCGGUUGGAUGUCGGAGCAAGGAAAGGAUUUCUUGGACAAGUGUUUGAGGAUGGAUCCGAGACAGAGGUGGACGGCGAGUCAGCUGCUGAAGCAUCCGUUCCUCGGAGAAUUCGAAUUCGCCGGUGACCUUACCGCCGGAAAGCGAGUCCAGGUUCCGUGUUUUGAUUCUCCUACGAGUAUUCUGGAUAAAGGGUUCUGGAAUUCGGUGGGGAUAAUUGAUUCUGAAGAAGCCACUCAAUCGCCCUGUUCUUCUUCUUUUUCUUCAUCAUCAUCGUCGGAAGAGGAAGUAGAGGAAGCCAGAGAGAGGAUCGGACGGCUGGCGGCGGCGGGACCCAGCUGGGAAUUUUGCGACGGUGGCGAUGAUCUUGAUCGUUGGAUCACAGUUCGGGGAUUUUGCAAUUGCAGUGUAGGAGGAGAAGAUGGAAGGGAUUGUUGUGGCUGUGGUGCAGCAGGGGAUUUGUUGACGUCAUCAGGAAGCAAUAAUGAGUAUUAUGAUGUAAUUAAUAGAAUUGAUGAGGGUUUUAGUUUGGAAGGGUGUAAAUAUGGGGAGUUUGGUAGUUUGGUAGUUAGUUGUAAUUUGCAGUAUGAGAGGAGGGAGAAGAAGAGGCAAGAAGGUCAAGAUAAUGUACUGUUGUCACUUCCCCCUGUUUCAAGAUUAGUUUCACAAGCUUGA